UGAUGAAGAAGAAGAAAUUCAAAUUCCAAACCACUUUCACCCUGGAGGAGCUGACUGCGGUCCCCUUCGUGAACGGGGUCCUCUUUUGCAAAGUCCGGCUGCUGGAUGGCGGGGAUUUUGUCAGUUUGUCGUCCAGACUCUAGAGAACAAGGGGCAGCCACAUCUGGGAAGCCCCUACCUGGAAGAAGAAUGAGAAGACUUGACUAUGGAAAUAGAGUACAAAGAUCUCUCCUUCAGCUGUCAGACCCUCAGCGCUGUCUUUGAGGACAAGAGACAGCAGGAGGAGGUGCAGGAGAAUUGUGUACGGUGGCGGAAGAGGUUCACCUUUGUGUGUAAGAUGAGUGCCAACCCCGCCACAGGCCUGCUGGACCCCUGCAUCUUUCGAGUGUCGGUGCGCAAGGAGCUGAAAGGCGGGAAGGCUUAUUCCAAGUUCCUCCAUUCAGACAAACUUGGAUUCCAUCCGAUUCAUCCCUGUGGCCCUGCUCGUCUGUGCUGCCCAUCUGUCUCUCAUCUGUACACAUCUCAAGAGGAAUACGUGCAGACUGGUUGGAGGAAAGUCCUCCCCACGAGCCUGAGCACCAGGACAGAGGAAGGGCUCAUGUCCAUAUGUCAGACUCUUUGCUCUUCCCUCCCCCGGGGGUCCCGCCCACUCUGUAGUGUUGUAUCACCUCACCCUACCUCAAGUUCCCACGGGCCUUCCCUUCUCCUCUGCCUGCUCUUCUGUGAGCUCCUGACAGCAUGGCCUUGUUCCCUGGGGAACAAUGUGUCUGUGUUACAAACAACAAUGUCCUUUCGUCUCAGGCACACUGGCCCUAGUGCACCCUGGGACUCCAUACAAAGGGUGCUUUGUGCCACUCAGGGAUGUGAGCUCCUUGCUUUGUUACAUUGGUGCUGCUGA